GUUCUUUACUUUUCUUACAGGACAAAAAUGUUGCAGCGCCCCAAUUGGCAGUGGGCCACAUAACGUCGCCCCUUCCUCCACCACCACACACACACAUAAACACAUUCAGCAUCCUGUGAGUCAAAUUCAAAGCAUGGCGACGCCCACGUCAAUAGAAGUCUUCAGUUGCCUGGCGCUUUUGCUCGGCGCUUUCAUCAGCAGCGGCUACUGCAUAGACUGUUUCAAGUGCGUCUCAUAUAAUGGCGCCAAUAAGGCGUGCGAUGAUCCAUUUCACAAUAAUUAUUCCACCGCCAUUCUGGAGUCGCCCUGCAUGGGCGGUCGCAAAGGACGCGAUGGCCUCUUUCCGGCAACGGCAUGCAUUAAAAUCGCCGGAUAUUAUGAUGACACCGGCGAGACGAUAACUGUGCGAGGCUGCGCCUUGGACAGCGGGACACUGACAACAGACACAGAGAUUAUAAGAAUGUCGCAUUGUGGUAAAUUCUACUAUGAUAACAGAUACGUGCAUGGCUGCCUUCAGAGCUGCAGUGACGCGGAUGCUUGCAAUGGCAGCCACCCAAAGGACGCCGUCGAGUCCUUAUUACUUAGCGUUGCGCUUCUCCUUCUGCUUGCAAGGUAGCAGUGACAACAACAACCAAUGCAACAACAACAACAACAAAAAGAAGGAGAAGAACACGAAGAAAAGGAGGUGAAGCUUGUAGCAUCCUAUGGAAGUUAAAGGGAUUUAGCUAAAGUGAACGUGAAAAAGCAUUUAAUAUAAUUCAGCUGCGCGAAUAUUUUUACACAAUUCAUACGCUAUCCCUUCCCCAUCUCUCUCACAUUGGCUAUCCCUUUCUCUCUCUCUUUCUCUCAGUGUCUACAAUUGCACCUUACCGUAAGUGCACGCACACUCUAACACUAACUGAAACACAAAAACACAGACGUGGAUGUCACAGGAUUACAAAAUAAACGAAAGAAAUGCAUAAAUAUUUAUAUGGAAUUCAUCAAGCAAUUAUGUGAUUUAUAAAUGAAUAUUUAACAACUAUUUAACAAUAAUUGAUGAAAAGCAAAAGCGAAAUGAGAAAUUUCUAACUAAAGUAAAUUAAAUGAAAACCAAAACCAAAAAACGAAAACUAUGUAUUAACGCUAAGCGCUGCUAGGCAAAUAUCGAGUCUAAAAUCAAAGCUAGUCAAAACGAGAAUUCAAAUUCAAUUACAAUUAUAAUUAUUUUUAGCUAAUAUGUAAUAUUAAGUAUUUACAUUUAUGUACCAACAAACAAAAACUCACCUGUGUACUAUUGUUCGACUAUUGUAAAUAGAUUGAUUUAUUCGUUAGAUGGAUGCUGAAUUUUAGGCAAAUUAAUAAACAAUUAUGGAUAAUUAAUUAAUAUUUAGUGGCCACAUAGAUAGAGUUAACAAAUGUACUAUAAACUGCGAAAACAAUUCAUUAUCUAUCUCAUCUCUUACUAUACCCUAACUUUGGCAGGAAAACUUAAUUUAUUUAU